GCAAGAGUUCAGGAAUGGAACAGUUGCCAGCGGAUCGACUCACGCCGGUGUACGUGUAAACAGUCAUCUCAUCUUCUAUUCACUUUUGAGAAAAAGAAAUGUCUUAUUCCGCUUUGAUUCUACUACUGUUGGCGUUUUCGCCAUUGAUGGCUAACGGGAAACCGGCAAAUGUAACCGAAUCCAAUGAACCCGUUUCGCGAGAAUCACGCCAAAUGAUGUUGCCAGCAGCGCCUUAUUAUUACAUCCCCUAUCCGCAAGUUCAUCGACAGCCAGCACCGUCUAUUUUCCAAAGUCUUGACGAUAUCAUCCGUAUGUUGGAUCCGGCCACUAAACAGCGGUUGCUGACAUCUUUGGUGACAUUAGCCGAAAGUUUUUCGAGCAAUCAGCCCUUCGACGAGACUGGAUUCAAGUCCCAAACGAACUCACCCGACGGACUGUCUCCUGUGGAUUUGAGUUCCUUUCUCGAUGAAAAUGGACAAUUGCCAAUUGAAUUUCAGAACGCAUCGCCUGAGGAAAUUAAGGAAAUGGUGGAAAAUCGAUUGGGUUUCGGAGCUAUUGCAAAUAUAGCUGUGCAAUACAUCGUUCAAAUGCUCAUUCAAAUGAUCAUUGCCCAGAUUAUAGCCGCUUUGGGUUAACCUGAUGACGACACGACGCUCGAAACAUUUGCUGCGGCAUCUUACGCCCAUGAUAGAUCUUCUUCUCGAAUUAUUUCCCCAAACUACGAAAUGUUUUUAUGUUGAGCUUAAAACAUAAAUUUCUGUUUUUCUUCCGAUUUUUGGUUGGUUUGUUUCCAGUAACUUAUUCCACAGUUUAUCUUACUCUCCCUGGCACAUAAUAAAGACAUUUGAAAAAUACAUCUUGCCAAACACAA